CAUUACAUUACUUGUUAAUUAAUUCACUAAUUAAUUUGUUAAUCAUCUCUUUCACAUCUCUCACAGCUAUAUAAAUAGGAAUUGGAGGAACCCUGUUUGAUGAACACAACUUGAAGUUGAAGAAAAUCAUAUACUCGAUCGGUGCACUUAGAAAUUAGAAUUGCUACAUAGUGUUGAGAAAUUCUUACAUAGGAUCUUGGAAAUGGCUUCUUCCAUUCUUUUCUUCGGAUUCCUUGCUUUUUCCUUGAGCUAUGUCCUAGCAUCGGAUCCAAGCUCCCUUCAAGAUUUCUGUGUGGCAGAUGAAAACAGUAAUGUGAUAGUGAAUGGUUUGGCUUGCAAGGAUCCCAAAGAGGUUCAAGCUGAUGACUUCUCCUUCAGUGGACUUCACUUGGCAGGCAACACUUCAAAUGCUGUAGGGUCUAGGGCAACCACAGUAAACGUAGCCCAGAUACCAGGGCUUAACACACUUGGAAUCUCUCUUGUUCGCAUCGACUACGCACCAUGGGGCAUUAACCCUCCUCACACACACCCUCGUGGAUCCGAAAUCUUGACUGUCAUUGAAGGCAGUCUUGAGGUUGGGUUCGUGACAUCCAGCCCUGAAAACCGUCUCAUCACAAAAGUUCUACAAAAGGGUGAUGUGUUUGUAUUUCCUAUUGGUCUCGUUCACUUUCAGAGAAAUGUUGGAAAUGGCAACGCCGUAGCCAUUGCAGCUCUGAGCAGCCAAAAUCCAGGCGUCAUUACCAUUGCCAAUGCGAUGUUUGGCUCCACCCCAGAGAUCCCAAGUGACAUUCUAGUGAAGGCUUUCCAGUUGGACAAGAAUGUUGUCAACUACCUUCAAUCCAGGUUCUAAACAAUGUUGACAAAAAUUCAUGGAGGCUUUGUGAUAUAAGUUGUGACCCUGUGAAGGCUUUCUUCUUUGUUGGUUUGCUUGUAACACUCCUUUGUUGAGCUUGUAUUUCUGUGUGCCUCUUUGUGGGGGAUUCAUUGAUUCUUUGGUCUACUAGUUAUGUGCUUUUACACCAUUGGCACCUCUCUGUUUUGUACAAGAUGAUGAUCCAGACUAGAUUUGUUGUGAUUGCUUGUUUGAGACGUUGAUACAUGGCUUAGGCAGAAAGGGAUCGGAUUUUAUGCAUUGUAGUUGCUUUUGGAGUGUUGACAUUAUUAUAUGCUUGCAGAUAUAUAGAAGUAAUUUGUAAAAUAAUCAGAUUGUUUUA